CAGGCAAACUAACCGAUAUGACGAGAGAGGUACACACGGCACAAUGCAGUUAGCUAGCUGAGAUAGUAAAUGCGAUUUAUUGCGCGCAUUUCCACGUCUACGAAGACAUAAACAACUAUUUAAAGUCGUGCGGUGACGCGAAAAAAAAUCCCGAUAUAGUUUUUGUUAUUCGUUAUUGGGCUAACGUGACUCUUUAAACUUGCUAAUAGCUAGCUAACUGCAUAGCAAACGAAGUUAGCUGUAAUGUAACGCUGUGCAGGUCGUUAACAAGCGACGUGUGAGUUACUUUGCUGUUGACUCGGUUGAGGUUUUAGUUGGUCGACUUUGGCGGAGAUCGAACGUCUUGUGAGCAGCUCCAUGGAAGGAUGACUUAGCGUUGAAGGUUUUAAAAAAAAAAAUAGCAAUACAAAUCGAGAGGCUCGUGUCACGACGGAGCCACAUGCGGAUGUUGGUGUAGUCUAGUUCCGACUGAGGAGAGUUUUGAAAGAACGAGACGGGAGCGAAUAAUGAAAGUCAUGGAGAAAAAUGUGAUGCGUUUAGUGGCUGUGCAGCAUCUUCGCGCAGCCUACGGUAUCAAGACAAAGAACUGGAACAAAAACAAAGCAGCCAGCUGCAAGUCGACAGCCAGCAACAACAACUCGACAAAGGUAUUCGGAGUAUCUCUGGAGAGCUUACCUUACUAUAAUAUGGAAAGUGGAAGUGUGCCAAGCUUUCUUGUUGAUGCGUGUAUGGUGCUGCUGGCACAUGUUGACACAGAGGGGCUGUUCAGAAAAUCGGGCUCCGUCAUUCGCCUGAAAUCACUCAGGGCCAGACUGGAUGCGGGUGAGGAGUGUCUGUCCACUGCCCUUCCAUGUGAUGUAGCCGGCCUGGUCAAGCAGUUCUUCAGGGAGCUGCCAGACCCUGUGCUCCCCACAGAGCUGCAGGAGGCUUUCCUCAAAGCCCAGCAACUCCCCACCGAAGAGGACAGGACCUCUGCCACCAUGCUGAUGUCUUGUGUACUGCCUGAUAGAAAUCUCGGUGUCCUGCAUCACUUUUUUGACUUCCUCUAUAACGUGUCUAAGAGGAGUGAAGAGAAUAAGAUGGACAGCAAUAACCUGUCUUUAAUAUUAGCCCCCAACCUCCUUCACUCUGGAGAUGGCACAGAGAAGAUGAACGCCAACACCGAAAAACGCCUAAAGCUCCAGGCAGCUGUAGUUCAGUGCUUCAUAGAGAAUGCCCCAAACUUUGGUGUGUUACCGCAGUUCCUCGUGACAAAGGUUCCAGCCAUGAUGGGCUGUGAAGCAGAUAUUCUGUCACCCACUUACAACGAACUCAGGGAGCUGGACAUAAACUCAGGGAUGAAAAGGAAAUGCAGACGCAGCUUCGGAGUCUUUUCUUCUGCAACUCCUGUGAUUGGAACGCCCACAUCCAAGCGCAAGCUUCCUUUGGAGUCGGGUCACUCGUUUGGUUUCUCAAACAAGAAACGCAGAUCUGUCAAAAAGAACCUGGGCAUGGAUUUACUUCCUAAUAUGCUGUUCCACGGAGCAUCCACUCCUGAUUCAGUUUCCAGUGCCUCCGGGGUCUUGGAAUCUUCACAAAAUGCCCCGUCCCCUGCGGGGAGGUCAAGAAGACAUUCAGCGACCUCUGUGAGGAGGAAGAGCCGACGACUUAGUAGCAGACAUGCUGUCAACAGAGUGGAAUCUGGAAGAACCGGCUGCUUUUCUCCCAAAGUCGGCAAGAAAGAAGCUCCACGCAAGUCUCUGCGCUUGCGCUUUAGCCUGGGGAAGAGCAGCAAAGAUGCUGGUUCUGGGUCCAUUGGCUGGCGUCUUGCCAAGCAGGAGAGCACCACCGGUUUUCAUUUCACCAAAGAGACAGACUUCAGUCCUUCAGCUGCUCCGAGGAAAACAGAAUGCAAGAACGCCAAGUACAUCAGUAAGUCUGAGGACAACCUGCUGACUCCCCUGUGCGACUCAAGUGUCCACCAGAUUUCCUGGAGCGGGGAGACUCCCGUAGGAGCCAAAGCUUUCUGCACCGCGUCGUUCACAGAUACACCCAUGAGCAUGUGCCUUAAGAACACCUGCGUGUCCGAGCCUGCCAUCGUCGUCUCAAAGUCCCCGGCAUUAACCUGCCUCCCCAAGAAGCUGUGCUGUGCUUCCAGCUCCGAGAGCCUCGACAGCGAAAGCUCCAUCACUGAGCCCCGAAACCAGGGUCCCGCCCUGCUGAAGAUCAAGAAGGUCUUCACAGAGUCGGGACGUGACCUCCAGGCUGCCGUACAGGACUUCUGCAGCCCCGCUGCAGCAAAAGCACCAGGUGGCACCACAGUCCUUCCGCCAGGGACGCCUGUGGCCACAGUUCUGUCCGUAGCCCCCGAGGCCUUCAGUUGUCAGACUAAGCAGAGCUUUCUGGCUCAUGAACAGAACAUUACCUUUAGUCAGUUUGAGAUCGCUGCUUUGUCUCCGUUGCAUAUUGAUAGUGUCCUGCUUGAAUCCAGUGUGUAUUCUAGUCCAGUGUUAAAGGUGGCCGAUAAAGGUUCUCCAGGUGCAGCUCCUCUCCGUAGUCCUCAUAGCUCCAUGCUGGGAGAUGGUGAAAAUGAGAUGGAGCAGGUCAACUGCAGCAGGUUGAUUGACGCCCUGGACAUCCAGAGCCCUGCACACUUCAGACAGGACGUCGCCUCUGGGCUGCAGUCCACUCCGUUCAAGCUGGAACUCGCCUUCAGACAUGAGCUUGGUACGCCGCCCAGAGACGGUACUACAGUCGGCACGGUACAUGACAAAGACGAGUUCUCCCCGGAGAUCUGUACCAAAGCCCCACACCUGCCGCCGCUGUCGCCGCACAGCCUAGAGGCUGAGAAGCGGCGAGUGGCCGACCACAUUCAACACUUCAACAAACUCACCCUUCACUCUCCCAGAGGCUCAAAGAUCAAACACAUCCGCUCACCGCUGAAGUUCCAGCGCACGCCCGUGCGUCAGACGGUCCGCAGGAUCAACUCUCUUGUGGGAGACGGCAGAAGACCCGGGAGGGCUUCCACCACCAACCAGAUCAGUCAGGUCGUGAAGGCGGUGAGCCUGGAGAGCGGCCUCUCCCCACAUCCACAGCUUCGUCCUUUCGGCGAAGAAGAGCCACCGCUGGCGCGGGCCAACAGCGUGCGUCACAAAAAGAAACCGCCUCCCGUGCCACCAAAGAAGCAGAGCACCUUGGCCCGCAAGCCCACGUCCUGCGCUUUAGGCGACGUGACCAACAAAGUCCAACCAAAGACCAAAGUGGACUCUUCUGUCCCCGAGUCGACGGAAGCUAAGAAGCCUCCAGUGCAGCAGGUGGCAGAAAAAGAAAUGAACCAUUAUCGAGGUUCACCCAGAAACCCUCUGAACCAGGCACGCCUGAUGUCUGCUACCAAGCCUGUAGACUUAUAGAACUUUUUAUUUUUUUACUUUUUUUUUUGUUUCCUCACUAUGCAGGUCUCUGGUCAAACUGAUUGACAAUAAACAUUCCAGCUUCUAUUGUCCAGAUUUUCAGGGUUUUAAUUUAUUUUUUUUAGCUACAGUAGGUGCUGUUUAUGUUGUGUUAAGGGGCCUUUAUUGGGAGAUGUUAAUAUGCCUUAUUUGUUUUUACUUAAAACAAGUCUAAAAAAAAACUAAGUUUGUCUUCUUCACACCAGCCAACAAGAUUAUUAUGCUCCGGAGUUUAAAAUAGCGAUUCAUUUACAGGCCAAAUGACGUGAUGUGACUGAGGGUAUGACUGGAAAGACUUUGAUCGAGACGUAUGCUUUUUAUUUAUGCAUUUUCUAUCUUAUCCUUAGUUAGAUGUUUACUGAAGUUUGAGGUUGUCUUUAUGUCGGAAGUUUGUUGUCUUACAGUUUUUCUCGUGAGCGGAGAAGAAAAAAAAAUGCACCUUUUUGUUGGAUUUCUUGAAAGAAAAAAAAAACCAAGCAGUAUUGAUGAAAUCAUCUGUCUCUAUUGCAGUCCAUUGAUUUCACAACCAUCAAACUGUAAGAUUUUGCCUUGUGAAACUGCUUCAGAUCAAUAAAAUCGGACUACAUGUAA